AUGUCCACUCCCCGGGACAACACUUACUAUUACCCUAAUUCUGGAAGAUUGCAGAGCAAGAGCCCUACAAGAGGCGACACUCAGAGUGGUUCGUCUGUGCCGGAACAGGGUUUGUUUUCUUAUGUCAACUCGAUGUACAUCAACUCAGAUCUGAAGUCUACCGACGUAGCUCCUUCCACGUAUGCCAGUCAUUACACACAACAACGCCAUCCUCAACCGUACGACGGCGGCUACGCUUCCUACCCUUACCAAGCGCCUUCCCAACAGCAUCAAGCGUCGCAAUAUUCGAUGUAUCAACAGCAACCCGACCCGAGAUACGCCGCGCAGCAGACGUACUCCACCUACCCUUCUCGAACCUCGCCCCCGAUUCCCGCUGACCAUCAUCGACAUAUCCCUAGCCAUGCGCACCAACCCGUCCGAGAUGAUCGAUGGCAGGCCCAGAGCACAUCAUACUAUCCCCAACCUACAUCCAGCCCCCAGACGAUGACCUCGCACAGCACCGUCCGCUCCCCGCAGGCCGCCUAUCCCACCCAGUACCCUCAGUACCAGCCCGUGGCGACGAGCACGUACCCCACCGAUCCCAACGCCAGCCGCAUGACGGCACAUGGACAGCCCGUGGCAUCCCAGCAUCAUCACAUGCAAAUGGGCCACCCUUCCGUCGAACGCACCGUCUCCUCUAGGAACGUUGCAUCUUUACCCUAUUCCCGCGGCCCGCCCGUCAUGUCUCCCAUUGACUACGACACUGCCGAGAGCUCCGCGGAGCCGACGAUCAAGAAAAAGCGCAAGCGCGCAGACCCCCACCAACUAAAGAUCCUCAACGAUGUCUACGCCCGCACGGCAUUCCCAUCCACGGAGGAGCGCGCAGACCUCGCGAAGAGGCUGGAUAUGUCAGCACGGAGCGUGCAAAUCUGGUUCCAAAACAAGCGCCAAUCAAUGCGAACGGGUGGACGCCAAGGCAAUUCAUCGACUCCUACAACGACUUCUAUCCCACCGAAUCCCCCUCUGAUGCCGUCGCCGCCGCAUGUGUACGACACGAGCCCGACUCUCGUCAGCCCCCAUUCGAUGGCCAGUUCCUCCGGAACACACUAUUCGUCACGCUCUCCACCACCCACUAUCUCUACACGGAAAUCGCCUUCCCCACCCGGUGGGAGAAGCAUGGACCCUCGCAAGUGGUUCAGUCGAGGUGGAUAUUAA